UCAGGUUCAGUCUUUGAGCAGUUCGCAAUGGUGGAUGCAGCGCACGCGCUCGAGUUCAUGUUGCUCUGUGGCCGGCUCAAGGCGACGCCAAGGACGGGGUGGGUCAACCACGGCGUGAGGCACCCGGAGAGCAUCGCCGACCAUAUGCACCGGAUGAGUCUGAUGGCCAUGAUUGUGCCCGACCAGAUCGACGGCCAGCGGUGCGACCGAACAAGAUGCGCCAAGAUCGCAAUGGUACACGACCUGGCAGAGAGCAUUGUAGGAGAUAUUACGCCAGGCGAUGUUCGAGUUACAAAGCAAGAAAAGGAAAAGCUCGAACGAGAUGCAAUGACUCGUAUCUGCAACGAAACGUUGCAAGGAUCUGCGCAAGGACAGGAGUUGCUCGCACUUUGGGAAGAGUACGAAGCCGCUUCCACCGUCGAGGCGCGUGUGGUGAAGGAUCUCGACAAGUUCGACAUGAUUUUGCAAGCGUGGGAGUAUGAGCAAUCUGACGCACGACCUCUUGAGCUUCAGCCGUUUUUUGACUCGACCAAAGGCCGAUUCACCACGGACUUUGUCAAGCCACUAGUCGACAUGCUCAAUCAGAAGCGCCAGCAAUCAGCCGCAGCAACAGCAACAUCUUCAGCCGGUUCCGCAGAACGGCAAACUUGAUGCCAAAGUGCGACGUGUUGCACACCCAACGAUCAAACGUCGACGAGAUGGUUUGCUUUUGGUGCUUUUGUGCGUUGUUGUUGGGGGUUUUUUGGUGUUAGGCAAGCGGAUUGUGAUUUAAUAAACAAAAGCAAGUCAUUUCAUACGUGUUCACUUGACUUGCCGAAUUUAGAA